AUGCUGGUACCCCAGAGCCUCUCACUCUGCAAUAUUUUUGGCGUGAGAUGCGCCCUGCCGCCGUCGCCAGUGGCCGUGCCGAGAACGGUGUACGGCAACGACGACCGGCGAGACUGGUACGAGCUGGAUUACACCUCUGCCGGCGACGCAAUGGCGGGACGUCUGUUGGCUAACUCGAUCAUGGUGCACAUCACUCGAGCGGACCUCGGUGCUCCUGACUCGCACGGUAUUUACCGCAUUCUCGAUGACUACGCAGAUUCCCUUCGGCUCGGCCCUGUUCGGAACAUGUGCGACGGCCAGAAAUUCUUGCGGCAGCCACGGCUUGGCUACUGCUCUGCCACGCUGGUCAGUCCGACCGGGGUCAUCACGGCUGGGCACUGCGUGCCAGACCAGAAAACGUGCGACAGCGCGGCGUACGUCUUCAAUUACUAUGUUACCGGCCAUGACGCUCACGGCGACCCCACAUUCCCUUUGAUCACCUCUGACGACGUAUAUUUUUGCAAGUCUGUGAGCACCAUGUAUGCGACCGGCGGCACCGACAUUGCGCACAUCACCCUGGACCGGCCUGUCCUCGGCCGUGUCCCGGCCACCUACCGCAAGACGUUGGUCCCUACUACGCCGGGCCAAAAGCUGAUGAUGAUUGGCUUCCCAGACGGCAUGCCCGCCAAGGUGGAGGCCGGUGGCACGGUCACCGACGCUGGGAGGUCGAACGGCUUCGAGUUCUUUGUAGCCUCGACUGACUCCUUCGGCGGCAACUCCGGCAGUGGCAUCUUCGAUGCGGACGGAAUGAUGAUUGGCGUCCUUGUGCGAGGAAUAAAAGGCUACGUCCAAAGCGGCGGGUGCACCGUCGUCUACGCGCUCCCAGGCCCAAGGGGGCAGGAGGAGAUCACAUACGUCGAUCGUGCCGUCAGCCUGGUAUCGGCGUCUUCCGGCCACCUUCCGGCCACCGAGUGCACCGACUCGUGCGUUCACUCCAACGACGGCGAGUGUGACGACGGAGGGCACGGCGCCCUCUACAGCGCCUGCGACCACGGCAGCGACUGUGCCGACUGCGGCCACCGCUUCCCGUCGGCUCCGCCGUCGGCCUCGCCGCCUCCCGCAGCGACCACGUCGGCUCCGCCCUCCGAGUGCACCGACUCUUGCUUCCACGCUCGCGACGGCGAGUGCGACGACGGCGGCAACGGCGCCCUCUACAGCGCCUGUGACCACGGCACCGACUGUAUGGAUUGCGGCGAGCGCCCCCACGCCUCGCCUCCACCUUUGACCCCAGCCUCGCCCUCGGCGGCGUCGGGGCUUCCGGCCUCCGAGUGCACCGACUCGUGCGUUCACUCCAACGACGGCGAGUGUGAAGACGGAGGGCACGGCGCCCUCUACAGCGCCUGCGACCACGGCAGCGACUGUGUCGACUGCGGCCACCGCUUCCCGACGAGUGGCGGCACGCCAUCGAUUUUCACCGGCCCGAGCGGCGACCACACCACCGGAUCGGGGUACUACCUCUACACCGAGGCCUCUGGGAUCCACAGCAAGGUGCACCGGCUCGAGAGCCCGCACUUCUCGCUCCAGCAGGACGCCACCCUCUCCUUCUACUACCACAUGCACGACGAUACUGGCUUGAAUAUGGGCACCCUCUCCGUCGAGGCCUUUGAGCGCGCGAACGGCUGGUUGACGCUCUGGAGCCAGAGCGGACACCAGGCUGACAGUUGGCUCCACAAGACGGUCGUCCUUCCCGCCUCGACGAUACAGGUGCGAUUUAGUGGCUUGACGGGACCGGGCUUCAGCUCAGACAUGGCGCUGGACGAUGUGUCCUUCGGGCAGUUUGAGCCGCGGCCGGUGACCGUGUCGAUCACGCAGUCAAACUGGUUCCAGAUCGGCAUCGCAUCGCGGAACUUCGCGCGGGACGGGGACACGAGCACCAGCUGUCCCGAGGACAGCUGCACCACGGAGUCUACCACGGCGGAGUUCGCCAUGUUUUACAACCACCGCGACAACCGGCACAACGGGCGCCUUGUGGAGGGCAACGGGAUCCAGGGGCAGAACCGCGUGAACUGGGGCGACCUUCCCGCAAACGGCGCGCGAGAUAUCACGGUGACUGCAGACUGCACCGCGAAGACCGUGACGAUCAGCUCCGACGGGCAGUCUUUCACGGGGUCGUACCCUAGCAGCUGGUCGUCGGUAUACGUUGCAGUCGGUGCCCAGGGCGGCCCAUUCUCUGCGACCCUCCCCUCGGGCAACACCUGGCUGGGUGGAAGCAGCACGCAGACGCUCAGCGGAGGCUUCCGGGGGAACCGGGGCGAGCAGGACCUCUGCGCUUCGUCGGGGUCGGCCUCCGAGCAAAAUUCAUAUUCUACGACGACUGGGUUUUGCCGUGGCGGGAGCAGCUGGCCAGAUGGCAAUGAGUAUAAUUGCUUUGAGGACGUUGCCAGGACACGCAUCCAGAUGACGGACGCAGAAUGUAGGCAAGAGUGUGACGCCAACGUCGAAUGCGCAGCGUAUGACCGGUCUUGGUAUGACCGUCAGGGUAUCCUGAUUGAAGAUAUCCCGACGGGGUUGACUUGCUAUCAUUAUAGUCUGAGCUAUUGUGCGAAUGGUGUCGUGGUGCCUGGCCGAGAAUUCUCGCAAGGAGCUGGAUUCAACUUUCCGGAAAGCAACUGUUGCGCGUGUGGCAAGGCCUUCCGCAUUGUGGCCAGGUCUCCGGCAGCUGCGUGA